AUGGGAAGCUCCAGUGAGUCCAGUGAUCAGAUAGACGAUCAGAUCUAUAUGCCAUCCACUGGCGGUGGUGUCUUUUCGGCGAGGCAUCCAGGGCACGAAGACAAAUCCCUGCGUCGCCGGUCUGCUGUCAAAGAGGGAGAUAUCGAAACUGCUUCCAUGAAUGAGAAAGACGACUGUGUUGAUGAGAGGGACUUCCACAAGAAGCAGGUUUUCACUGGAUGGCAGCUAGCAUGGCUAGCCUACCAAUCCCUUGGAGUGAUAUACGGCGACAUCGGUACAAGCCCCUUGUACGUCUUCUCGUCCACCUUCAGCGACGACCCCAGUCAGGAAGAUGUGCUCGGUGCCACGUCUCUCAUCAUCUGGUCCUUGACCAUCAUGGUGACUGUCAAGUACGCUUUGAUCGUGUUAAAUGCCGACGAUGAAGGGGAAGGGGGUACUUUCGCCUUGUAUUCGCUUAUAUGUCGAUAUGCCAAUCUGAUUCAGCGUGACCCUCGACAGCGCCAGUUGGUUCGUAUGGAGAGAUACCAGGAUCAAGAUAUGCCCAAGCUUAAUCUUUUGAUUCGUUCUUGGAUGGAGAAAAGCGCGACUAUGGGGGUCAUAUUCAAGGUCGUAGGUGUCUUUGGAGUAGCACUUUUGUUAGCUGAUGGUAUUCUUACCCCGGCUCAAUCACUGCUCGGAGCUAUUCAAGGAAUAACCGUCGUCAAUUCAAAUAUCUCGCAAUCCACAGUUGUAGGGGUCUCCUGCGCUAUUAUUGUCCUAGUCUUCCUCAUACAGCCGUUUGGUACUGGCAAGAUUGCAAACACGUUCGCCCCAAUCGUUAUACUCUGGAUGUUUUUCAACUUGACUUUCGGAAUCUAUAACCUCGUGCGAUACGACGCUUCGGUCUUCAGGGCCUUUUCCCCGUACUUUGCAGGCGUUUUCCUUGUCAGAAACCGACAAUCUGGAUGGCUCCAACUGGGAGGAAUCUUGCUUGCUUUUACCGGAGUCGAGACACUGUUUGCUGAUCUCGGUGCUUUUUCCAAAAGAGCUGUACAGAUUUCCUGGCUGUUUUUCGUAUACCCUUGUCUGUUGCUCUCGUAUAUUGGACAAGGUGCUCACAUGAUGGUUGAUCCGACUGUUUAUGCAAAUCCAUUCUACAUGACUGUUCCUCCGGGAAUGCUCUGGCCUAGCCUUAUCCUGGCAAUCCUUGCCUGCAUCGUUGCCAGCCAGGCUGUCAUUACCGGCUCAUUUCAGCUUCUGUCUCAAAUCAUGAAACUCUCCUACUUUCCUCAGGUUGAAGUCGUUCAUACGUCGAAGAAGUUCCACGGCCAGGUGUAUAUUCCCCUUGCGAAUUGGAUUAUGAUGCUUGGGACAAUAAUCGUGACUGCCGUUUAUACCAAUACUACCGCUCUCGGAGAAGCAUACGGAUCAUGUGUCAUUUUGGUCUCCUUUUUGACGACCUGCAUGGUUGCAGUAGUCGCUGUCAUUGUUUGGAGAUUCCCUAUAUACCUCGUCUUUCCAGUUUUUAUCGUCUUUGCUCUCUGGGAUGGCAUGUUCCUGUCAUCUGCACUCAGCAAAGUCCCCCACGGAGCUUGGGUUACCCUCAUGAUCGCUGUAGCCCUGACAUUGCUCUUUGUGAUGUGGCGCUAUGGUAAAGAACGACAGUGGAAAGCCGAAAACUCGGACAACGUUCCAUUGUCUCAGACGACAACAUUGAAAGAAGGCCAACUUGCUCUGCAAUCAAGCUUUGGCAAUUCCACGAUCGUCCCAAUCAACGGCCUGGGCAUUUUCUUUGACAAGGCUGGUCUUUCGAGCACCACCCCGCCCGUGUUUCUCCAUUUCCUGCAGAAGUUCGGCGCAGCUCCAGAUGUCUCUGUCUUCUUCCAUUUGAGAGCGCUUAAUGUGCCUACCGUGCCACCAAAUGAGCGCUACACAAUCGGUCGUUGCUUUACCUAUGGUGAGGAAGACGGUAGCAAACAUGCAAUUCCAAAUACAUUCCGGCUGAUCGUGCGACAUGGGUAUACCGAUGAAGUCAUCACCCCAGAUUUGGGCAUUCUAGUUCUGGAUUUGAUCCGGGAGUUCUUGGACCAUAAGCCGUCUAAAUCAUCUUCAGAUACUCCUUCGGCAAGUGCCACCACCAAGGCAGUCGAGUCGGAUGCUUUGCAACGCGCAUUCAAAUCUCAGGUGAUCUACAUCGUUGGCAAGGAACAUCUCAGAAUUACGCCAGGAACAAACAUUGUCAAGAGGCUUGUGUUGAUGCUCUUCCUCUACGUCCGCGACGUGACUAGCAGCAAAGUGCAGCACUUGAAUGUCCAGGCUGAUCGGGUAGUAGAAGUCGGAUUCGUCAAGAACAUUUAG